UCUCUCUAUAGAAUUAUAAUCUUGUUCAAAAAUGAACGGCGACUCAUGGGCUGAUCAAUGGGACAACGGACCGGACCGCUUACCGGAGAAAAAGAAGAGCACUGGCGGCGGCGCUACGGCGGCCAAGUACGGAAAGAAGGUCGGAGAAAGCCUCGGGAAAACGAAAGCAGUGGCUUCCACUGGCGUGAAGAAGAUUAAAGAAGGAACUGCUGUUGGCCUGCAGUGGAUCAAACAAAAAUACCAUAAAACCACUAACAAACCCUGAUUUCAGCCCCUCGCAUGCUUCUAGGGUUUGUUUUAUUCUGUUUGAUUGAAUUUUGAUAGUCUGACUUAUUUUGAUUCUUAUCUCUCUCUGUGAAAUAGAAACUUUUUUAUAUGUAUAUAAUUUCCUAGAUAAAACAUAGACGAUUAAUUUCAUGUUUUUUUUUUUUGGUUUAAUAUCUUUUAUUCUUAUUUGA